GCCAAUGGCCCGGUGGAAAAGGCCAGCAAUCAGAUCUGGGAAUAGAAAUGCGCAACACCGUGAUCAUCGUCUGCCUUUCUUUGGCACUGGGCAUCGUCUCUGCCACCGACUACUGCAAAAAGAGCUGCGGCAGCACUAAGAAUCUGGGCUGCGACAAUCUGGGGGCCUGGGACUCGAGCUGUCCCAGUGACGCCGCCCUGUUGACCUUGACCACCGUGCAGAAGGAGGCCCUGGUGAACAGGACGAACGAGUACCGCAACAUUAUCGCCGGAGGACUAAAUGCCAACUUGAGUGCCGCCUGCAGGAUGUCCACCAUCAAGUGGAACGACGAACUGGCCUAUCUGGCCGGUUUGAAUGUGAGGAGCUGUGCGAUGCGCCACGACGGAUGCCACAACACGGAUGCCUUCGACUGGUCCGGUCAGAAUCUGGCCUGGAUGAGCUACUACGAUCCAAUGAAUGUGACCCACUAUGUACAGUGGGGCGUGGAUAUGUGGUACGGCGAGGCGGUCUACACCAAGCAGAGCUACAUCGAUGCCUAUCCCUCGAACUAUCAGGGCCCGGCCAUUGGCCACUUCACCGUACUGGUCGCCGAUCGCAACACGGAUGUGGGCUGUGCCGCGGCCACCUACUCCGUGCCCGGAAAAUCCUACAAGGCCUUCCUCCUGGCCUGCAACUACGCCGCCACCAAUGUCCUGGGCAUCAAGAUGUACAGCUCGUGCUCCACGGCGGCCAGCAAGUGCACCACCGGCACCAAUCCCAGCUACAAGUAUCUGUGCAGCGACAAGGAGGUCUACGACGUCAACAAUCUUUUCUAUUAGGCCAAUAAAUAGAAGCAUAAAUCAGUCAAA